AUGGGUAAAAGAUACUGUUGCGUUCCGGGAUGUAGCAACACCUCUGACAGUGUAGAUUUAAAUGGCAACAACAUUAUUUUGCAUCGUUUCCCAAUGUCAGAAAAGAAAGCACACAUCAAAAGACUAUGGAUUCAAAGAUUGAACAAUGUAAGAGCAAAUUUGGUGGUGAAAGACCAUACUAGAGUGUGCAGUGCUCAUUUUGAAGGGGCAUUCACAGAUGAGUCAAUACCAACCAUAUUCCCUAGCAAGCCAAAAAAACAGGAAACUCCUCGCCGACCACUGAUUAGGAAAUUAAGCAAUAAUGAUGAGUUGAAUGAUGAUGAAGAAAAUGAAAACCCAGUUGGACUUGAACCAUACAGCAAAUUCAGAUCAGUGUCAACCCAAACUGAUGAUGUAGUUUUAAACCAUGCUGAGACUAACACAGAAAACAUGUCUACUGAAACAGUAGAGGUUCAAACAGAGAGUUCCUUUUCUUCUGUUUCAGUAGAGCAUGUAGAGGUACAGGCAGACCUACCAAGAAUAUCCAUUGAAAACAUUCAAAAUGAUGAUGCAAAAGUUCGAUUUUAUACUGGGUUUGUCGGCUUUCAAGUCUUUUGGAUGUUUUUUAACACACUUGUCAAGCAUGGUGCUGAUAAUUUAAAUUACUGGGAAGGAGAGGCACGAUCAAUGGGACAAAAAACUUACCAUGAACCAGGUGUUUGUAAACCAGGAAAAAAAAGAUUUUUAAGGCCAAUAGACGAAUUUUUAAUGACUUGCAUGAGAUUAAGAUUAGCACUCAGACAUGAACAUCUUGCUGAUAUUUUUCGUGUGUCUGAAUCUACAGUAUCCAGAAUAAUGAACACUUGGAUAAAUUUUUUAUAUGAUCAUUGCUUGACACUAAUAGCUUGGCCAACACGUGAACAAAUUAUGCGCAAUUUGCCAAAACUUUUUACAGGACAUCCUGAUACGAGAAUUGUUGUUGACUGCACAGAAUUUUAUAUUGACAAACCAACUUCUUUGAAAGCUCAGUGGUUAACUUGGUCUGAAUAUAAACAUUCAAACACCUUUAAAGUUUUGAUUGGUGUUGCACCAAAUGGAAUGGUGACAUUUGUGUCUAGACUAUGGGGUGGAAAUGUGUCAGAUAGACAUAUUUCUCAACAGGAUGGAUUUUUACCGAAAUUAUCACCUGGAGAUGUUGUCAUGGCCGACAAAGGUUUCACAAUAGAGGAUUUGUUACCAGCCGAUAUUGGUUUAAAUGUGCCACCUAGAGUAUCAACAAAGCGUCAAAUGUCCUCCAAAGACUUUUUCAAAACUACAAAUAUUGCAUCUGCAAGGAUAGUUGUUGAAAUGAAAAUGGAACAAAUUAAGAACUUUAACAUUUUGAAUUCUGGCAUUCCAUUAAGUGAAGCCCAUUUAUCAGAACAAAUUGUACUAAUAUGCACUGCUUUGACCAAUUUGUUACCUCCACUUCUGAAGUAA